UCAACUUCCAUCAACCACCAUCGGCGCAUCACUCAACAACCCGCUCAGUUUCCACCUUCAGAAAAACUUGAGCUGCACGACCACCUGCAAAAAGUAAUUGUUGGUAUCCUCCUAAAGAGAACAAAUCAAAUCAAUCAGCCAAGAUGUCCCUCCGCAUCGUCCCAGCCGACAACCACAGCAGCAGCUUCAGCCACAUUGGCGAGCGCAGCAAGGGAGCCCCGUCGGCGCCCGGCCUGCACGACACCCUCCGCCACGGCGUCGGCCCGUCUGCCUACUCGUCCCUGCCGCCCUCAGACACCACAUCGGCCGCCGCCGCCGCCGCGACCGCGACGAGCGCCCACCCGCUCGAGGCCCGCCUCAAGGCCUGGGAGGCCACCCAGCACGGCCUGCGCAUGGAGUCGCUGCGUCGCACCUUUGGCAUGGCCGAGCCCAUCCGCCGCGAGAUGGAGCUCAAGAUCACCCGCACCGGCGAGUGGAGGCCUCUAGCCCUCGGCGGCGCCGCCCCGAGCCUGCAUGAGGACAUACUGAGGGGCAAGGACUGCUCCAUCUCGUGGGAGGACGUCUUUACCAACGAGGAGAGCCGCACGUUCGUGGGUGUGCAUGAUGAGAUGGAGAGGAAGCUCAAGAUUUGAAAAUAAAUUAGAGGGCGUGCUGGACUUGGGGUUUCUUUUUUUCUUCGUUGGCGUGUUGCAUGUACACGAGAGUUACCAAUGCAUAGAUUCCGGCUGGGAUAUUCCAUGAAUGAACGAUAUACUGUACCGUGAACCAGUCUUAUGGUAACUGCAGCAUUGAUUACCUGAUUCAAGAAGGAGCAUAAAACCCAUGUUUAUAUUAUACGGCCCCUCAUACAGCUUGCUCAAAGUACCUUGGCAAAAAGGCUU